AUGGUUAAGAAAUAUGAGACCGACGGCACUCAGACAAGCAACAUCAAGGCGGACGUUAUCGUGCUGGGUUGCAGCCUGCCCGGUAUCAUAGCAGCGCACAAGUUGAAGCAAAAGUUCGGAGACACCAUGGACAUCGUUAUUAUAGAUCUCCCCGGCACUACUAAGGGCAUGUCGAAGUGUGACAUCGUAUCUUUCCACAAAGAUGAAGACAACACUCCCGAGGAGUGUACAGUCGAAUCAACUCAGCAGUUUUUCGAACAUUUUUCCCGACGCUACCUUGUUAUGUAUGCGAAGGAAUUCAACAUUACGAUCCCCGAUGAAAUUUUAACACCAGACAGUAUCUCGUCACCGUUAAACAAGCUUUUCGAGUAUACGAAUGGAAACACCGUUCAGUGCACAAACAAUUUCCACGAUUUCGAUUACUUGGGCGUCUUUGAAAAAUUCGAACUGAAUCAAUAUCAAAGGCUGAUUGAUGAGAGUAUGAAGAAUUUAUUCCGCGUCACGAAACCCGUAACGGAAUCCGAACGACAGAAGCUCCUGUAUUACGAUCAGACGACUAUGGAGAAACACAUCUGCGGCGCCUUACUCUUUUCAACGUCACGAGAAAUUAUGAGAACCGUAGUCAGAUUAGUAUGCGGAGCAUCUCCAGAUACCGUGUCGGUUCUGUUCUAUCUUCAUCAGUGUUACAGAAACAACACAUGCAAGAACCACGUGGACGGCAACAACACGAAGUUUCGAGAGAAACUUCUAGGCUACUGUCGGAAACGCCUCGCCUAUAAAUUGAAACGGAGCGUGGCUGAUAUCACGCUGCAAGCAAAAUCAAUAAAGGAGAUACGGACGUAUUCAGAUGAGCAGGUUAUUUUAGAGACGAUGAAAGGGGAGAACAAUUACGUUUGUAACCUCCUCGCGAUGGCCGUGAGACCUGACGAACUAAGUAACAUCAACGUGGAGCCUAUAUUGUUGUCGGAAAGAGAAGCUGAGAUCGCAAAGUUAAUGCUGCCUGGUCGAGUUAAAAAGUUCAUGAUUCAAUACGAAACUGACUUUUGGAGGGAUGAGGGUUAUAGCGGUGAUAUUCUGAGCAUUAGAGGGCCGAUCGUUUGGGCGAUGGAACGUCCAACAUUGUCUGGAACGGGAAGCAGGGAGCGGUAUUCGUCUUUGGUAGGUUAUUUAAAAGCCCAAAUGUGCGACGGUGACAAGCAAGAUUCAAAACAAGAAGUUAUAGAACAGCUAAUGAAAUUAUUUGGGGAAUCUGCAGCAAAUCCAGUUAAUUACAAGGAGAGUGAUAUCGAAGACGUGUUUAUUCCAAAAUGUGGCGACUACAUUGCCUUGAGAAAAUGGACGAAGGAACAGACUCCCGGAUUACUGGAAUGGGGAGCUUUGGAUGUCUACCGCGAUGGAGAUAUCACAGGAGCGAUAGAAGCAGGUCAUAAAGCAUACCUCCAUGUUUCAAGCUGCCUACGUCCUCAAGCGCAGACUUUUGAAGAUGUUAGUGCGGCAGAGAUUCCUAUAAGCGUACACGGUAACUUUUGUAAUAGAGCAUUGGCAAAUAUAAACAUUAUAAGAAGUAUGUCCCUCAUGGCGUAUACUACCGCUGUCUAUAUAGGCAUACGUCUUGCAAAAUCCUAUCUCAGAAAACAAUAG